AUGAAUUUGGGUUCCUACCUGAAGCCGUUCCGCGGAGGUCGAGAAGACCUGGAGACAUUCUGGUCUAAGUUUGAAGUCGUUGCAAAGAUCAACAAGUGGGAUGAGGGCGGAAGCUCCAAGAUGACCUACUUGCCGUUGUUGUUGGACGACAAGGCGUCGCUGGUGUUUAGUCAGAUGUCGGAGAAUGAUCGAAAGGAUGCUGACAUAGUCAAGAAACGUUUGGAAGAAUCUUUCAAGCCAACUCCCGCACAAGCGUACAAGCAGUGCGGGACGCGAGUGCUGCGCGGUGAUGAGUCGGUGGAUGCCUUCGUGGCUGAUUUGCGGCGUCUCUUGACAUUGUCGGGGCAUAAGUUGGACGCAGAUGACAAAGAUCCGAUUCUGAUGGAGCAGUUCAUCAAAGGCGUCGACGGUGAGACGCAGAGGCACAUUCGCAUGGCGCAAGCUGGUGCAACAAUGACUGUAACGGAGUGUGUCGCGAAAGUUAGGGCCUUGAGGAAAGCAGACUGCCCCAAGAAAAGGAGUGGCAGCAGCAAGGCAGUUGGUGCAGCUUCAUCGGACAAGUCUAGGAAGAAAGCUCCGUGCCUGGCGGUGCAGCAGUCUCCAAGCUCGGACGUGCUUCUGGUGUAUGUCAAUGUCAGCACUCGUGCAGAACAGGACCAGUGGAGGCGAAAGCGUGCCGCGGUGGAUACUGGUGCAGCACGGUCACUUAUCUCAAGUGCUGCAGUGGAUGAUCUUGGCGUUUUGAGUGACGUCAAGCCGACCACCGAGAGCCUCGUGCACGUGGCGAUUGAUGGGUCCGAUUCGCUGCUGAAGGGCUCCAUUGACCUGAAUGUCCGCCGGUUGGAUGGACCCGUCCAUCUUCCUCUCACUAUGGUGUCGUUUCUUGUCGUGGAACACCUGGACGUAGUGUCUGCUGACGUCAUCAUUGGAUCGGACACCAUCCAGACGCUGGGCGGUGUCACUAUGAAGUGCGACCAAGGGAAAUGGUCAUCGGUUGUGUUUGGCCAGGGUGCUGUGGUGACUGGCGUUAGCAAAGCCAAGAAGAUGCCGCGUGGGGUCCAGGUGGCCAGAAACGGCCAGGACGGUACCCUCGAGCUUGGUGACGCAGUGGUUCGCUGGAAGGAGAGCUGUCGCUUCUGGGAGGUUGAGUGGAAGUGGACGGACAAGAGUCCUGCUCACCUAGGCUCUGGCAUUGGCGAAUACUCCCGCUGCAAGCUGUCUGCUGAUCAAGUCAAACAUUACGAGGCGGAAGUAGACGCGUGGAUAGAGAAUGGAUGGUUUACUCCACAUGAUGUGACGGUUCACGGGCCAGUUGGCGCAGUGUUACCAUUAAUAGCUGUCUGCCAGGAGCACAAAGCCAGCACGCCUGUUCGUCCCGUUAUGGACUACCGGGACCACAACAAGGCAAUUGACUCAAACCCCGGUCCAGAUGUGCCGUCGUGUGAUCAGAAGCUGCCAGAUUGGCGCCUCCGGGGCCAGGAGCAGGUGAUCGUGGACAUCUGCAAGGCCUAUCUUCAAGUCUGGCUGCAUCCAUCGCUACUUCGCUAUCAGGCUGUGGUGUGGCCAGAGAAACUGUACGUCAUGACGCGUAUGGGUUUCGGUCUGGCAGUUUCGCCGAAGGUCAUGAACGCCAUUGUCAAGUUUGCGACGCUUGACUUUCCGCAAGUCGACAAUUAUGUCGACGACUUCUUUAUGCCUGAGGAGGAAGCAGAGGCGGUGAAGUCCAAGUUGGAACACUAUUAA